AUUUGAUUUGUGCUACGGUCACAUUGGCCACUCCGACACGUGCUGCUUGCGAAGUUUUGUUUUGCUUUCCUUUGUUUUUCAUGUAAGAGUUUUCCGGCGAAAUGGCGGAGACAAGUGGAAAGAUCAAGUUCCUGGUAGCGGACACUACGGCCUUCAUAAACGCCGUGCCCCUGAACGAAUAUGCCGAGCAGGUGCUGACAGUGCCCGAAGUUGUGGCCGAGGUGCGCAACAAGAGACAGAUCCGACGCCUCUGCGUCCUGCCCUUCGACCUGCAGGUGCGGGAGCCGCGUCCCGAGAGUGUCAAGCACUGCGUGGAGUUCGCCAAACGGACCGGAGACUACGCCAGUCUCUCGGGCAUCGAUCUAAAGGUCAUCUCCCUCACCUACGAGCUGGAGGCGGACACCGUGGGCACUGCCCAUUUGCGCACAGAACCAAUAAUGGCGCAGACUAUUGCCUCCAAGGAGAAGCCCGCCGAGAUGCUGGAUGCAAGCAACAAGCGUUUGGUGGGCUGGUACAUGCCCGAGGGUGAGGAAGAGUCUGACGAGGAGGAGGAGGAGGAGGAGGAGGAGGAGGAAGAGGAGGCAUCCGAGGAGGAGGUGGAUAAGUCUAUAGAGGGCAAACCAGAGGAGGAGGAAGCGGAAACCACACCCGUGGACAACGUGAAAGCCGCCAUUGAAGCUCAGUUGGCGGGCAAGGAAGCCCCACCCUGCCAGCCAGAGGAGGAUGAACCCUCACAGGAAGAGCUAGACAAACUUUUCGAGCAGCUCAAGUGUGCGCCUAGCGCCGAGGAAGAGCAGGAGCUCUCCCAGUUGCUGAUAUCCCAGCCGAGGGCAGACGAAGGCGAAGGCGAACCCGAGGAAGAGGAGGAGCGUCCACAGGCAGAAGAAGAGGACGUGGGUGACGACGGCUGGAUCACGCACUCCAACAUCAAGAAGGCCAAAAAGGCGCUCGAGGGCAAGGUGGAGACCGACGAGGUGCCGCCCGUGGCCUGCAUGACCACGGACUACGCUUUGCAGAACGUCCUCAAGCAGCUCAAUCUCCAUUUGGCCGCUCUCAAUGGCCGUAUUAUCAAGCAGCUGCGCACCUACAUCCUACGCUGCUACGCCUGCUACAAGACCACCAGCAUCAUGACCAAGGUCUUCUGUCCCAACUGCGGCAACAAGACACUAAAGCGCGUGGCCGUCAGCCUGGACGAGAACGGUCGCCAAGUGAUACACAUAAACACGCGUCGGCCACUGACCAACAAAUACAAGAACCAGAGUUUGCCGCGCUUCCAGGGCGGCAAGCACUCGCGGAAUCCCAUCCUCUUUGAGGAUCAGCCGAUGCCCCGGCAAAUGCCAUCGCGUGUGGCCAAGACCAAGACGAAUGCCUUGAAUGAGGACUACACCGCCGGCUUCUCCCCGUUUGUGCUACGCGACGUGGACUCCAAGUCGGCCAUGCUGCGCUCCAAGGGUAACCUCAAGGAAUGGGCCAGGAACAACAACUUUGAGGAGGAUCGCAGGCGCAAGAACUACAAUCGUUUGUACAAAUAGAUAUUUUAUGGUAUAACAAGUAAUAAUAUAUAAAUAUAUUUGAAAUAAAACAGAA